AUGGAUGGAAAAAUACAUUUUCUCGUCGUUUUCCUAGUGAAUUUGCAUUUGAUCAGACAGGUUCAUUCUCUAGUUGAGUUCACCAACAUCAAAUGCGAAGUAGUGGACCCCGAGUUCUGCAACUUUGAAUAUUGCUAUCUGAAGUCGGUGAAUCGGACCUACAAAUAUUGUACGCUAAAAGUGAAUCUCCUUAAAAUCCCGGUAACCAAAAUUAAGGUUAACGCUGCCAUUUAUAAGUUCGCCAAUGGCCAUAGGUCCCAUCUUUACAAUUUAACUGUUGAUGCCUGCAAGUUCCUAAGAAAUCCAACCUCAAAUCCACUUGCUGCCUACAUCUAUGACUACUUUAAGGAUAAUUCUAACAUGAACCACACUUGCCCUUACGACCAUGACCUUGAGGUGGAUAAAAUAACAACUCAGUUUUUCAAUCACCGAAUGACCAAUGUUUUGCCUUUUGCGGAGGGAAAGUACUUGUUCCAAAUGAACUGGAUGGCCUAUGACAUUAUCCGAGCUGUGUUUAAGAUAUACGUCUCAAUGACUUGA